ACAAAUUUAAAUCUGCUUUCAGAAUUCUCAUCACUUCACUAUAUCAAUCGGUACGUUGGAAAUAAAAUACGUCUAAAUUCCUACAUCUCAUGUGUGUAAGACAAAGACAGAAACUCGUCGCUUUCAAUCCUCUUUUAGUAGAUACAAAUAUCCACCUAUUCGAGAAAUUGUGACGCGAGCAGUGAUGGGUCACGUCUAGAUAAAAGUUGUGUUCAGAGAAAUUGUGAUUUAAAAAGGGAAAUUUUGAAUUGGUGAAUGGGAAUUUUUAACAUCAUCUAUCACCACUGUACUAAUCCAGAGGGACUGAUUUUUUGUAUACGGAAUCGAGAGCAUAGAUAAGUAAUAGAAUUCGAAUAUUUGAAUAUCGUAUUUAUUCGUUUUUAAUGUUUUUAGUGUCAUGCAAAUUUUAUAAUUUUUUGGACGAAUUAUCAAAUGUACCUACCAUAAUAACUUGGUCAUUGUAACUGUAAUUGCUGUUUAUUAUUUUUUCCCAUUGUUAUAAUUUAUUUUAAAAAAAAAGGAUUUAAUUCAAAUUAGUAAUAUGUUACCUUAGCAACACUAUUGUUUGUUUUUAUCGAACAUUGAUCUAACUCAAUUUUUUUAUAUCCUUUAGUGUGGUAUUAAUUUUUGUUAGUAAAUUGUACGUAUCCAAGUAAGAUGUUUAAAAAUACAUUCCAAAGUGGUUUUUUGUCUAUACUUUAUAGUAUAGGCAGUAAGCCCUUACAACUCUGGGAUAAGACUGUGCGAAAUGGUCACAUCAAACGUAUUACAGACAAUGACAUUCAGUCAUUAGUGUUAGAUAUUGUAGGUACAAACAUUAGUACGACUUACAUUACAUGUCCAGCAGAAAAAACCAAAACUUUGGGUAUCAAAUUACCUUAUUUGAUUAUGAUUGUAAAAAAUAUGAAGAAAUAUUUUACUUUUGAAGUACAGGUAAGAUUAGAAAGAUUCGGGUUAAAUAGCUAUUUUAUAAAAUGUAAAUAAUACAAUGUCCAUUUUUAUAUUUCUGUAGAUUCUUGAUGAUAAAAACAUAAGACGAAGAUUUCGAGCUAGUAACUAUCAAUCAACGACAAGGGUGAAACCAUUUAUUUGUACAAUGCCAAUGCGGCUAGAUGAAGGUUGGAAUCAGAUACAGUUUAAUCUAGCAGAUUUUACUAGACGUGCUUAUGGCACUGGUUAUGUUGAAACAUUAAGGGUACAAUUACAUGCCAACUGUAGAGUCAGAAGAGUUUACUUUAGUGAUAGAUUAUAUUCUGAAGAUGAAUUGCCUGCAGAAUUUAAACUCUUUUUACCUGUUCAAAGUAAAGUAAGUAAACAAUUACAGUGUAAUACAGUGGAAUCUUGAUGAGUCAAAUAAAUCCUGUUCUCUUGUGAAAACCUUGAUUAACCGAAAAGAAAAAUUAUUGAUAACUAACAUUAUGUGUUCUGAAUACAGACAAUUUUUUGGUGUUUUUUUACAAUCAUUUAAUUGGUUUGUGCAUACCAAUAAUUUAAUAUUAUUGUUUUGCUGUGUUUAAUCAUAAUGUAUUUUUCAUUUUAUUCGAUUUAUUGUUACUACAUUCAAUAUUAUCAGUAACGUUUACUAUUGGAAAAAAACAAGAGUCCUUGAAGCAGUAAAGAGUGGAAAGAAAGAAGUAGAAUAUUGCUGAAAAUGUUUAAAAAACGUCCAAAUCAAAUUCAUUUUUUUCUUAAAAUCUUAAAAGGAUUUUUUAUAUUUUUGGAAUGAAAAUCAAUUUUUUUUUUGUUAAUUUAUAGUUUAACUAAAAACAGAUGAAAAAUUUAUUUUUGUUAGUUGAUUUAUUUGUCAUGGUUAAUGUACCUUUUUAAAAUAAUAAAUUACUUUAAAACAAUGUUUAACUGUAAUAAAAACAGAAGUGGAAAUGGGGAAAUGCUGUUUUUAUUUUUUCCAAUAUUGUGCAUAUAUUCUGUCCUAUGAGAGAGCAUGCCGGAUCUACACAUCGUUCGUUGACCGACAGGCUAUUUUAUGUAUUCAAAAUUUUGCCGCCGACAUGUAUACAAGGGUAUACGCAGAGCCGAUCAAAUUUCUUUAUUGCGUGGCUUGCUCUCUUGUGGGGCAAAGUAUAAGUAAAGCUGUGCUGGACAGCUUGUACUAUGCAACUAUGAAUUUAAAAACAUUUAUACCAAUUUAAUUAGGUUCAAAAUUCUAAUAGUUAAAUAAUUCUUUAUAUUGAGGAUUGCCUUAGUCUGCACUUAGUUCAGCAUUUGUCUAGAAUGAAAAGGCCAACUAAAAGUUACUUGGAGGAAAAUUCAAUUUUAUUACAGCAUACAUAUUAACUUAUCGUCCAAAAAAUAUUCUCAACUGUAUGUAAAAUAAAGGUGUGUUUUAACUUGAUUGUAUUCUUAGAUAUCCACAAAUCACCCUCAGAAAUCUGACAAUUGUUUUUCAAGUAAGCUUUCGCAAUGGCAUUUAAUAUUUUAUCAGGGGCGGGUCAUAGUAGUGUGAUACAAUUUUUUUGAAGGGACAGUGGUCUUUCUUAGCCAUUAUAUGUAGUUAAGUACCAAAUCUAUACCUUACCACACCUGUAAAAAUUGACUUCAGCAAUACAGACCAAUAAUAGUAUUUAUAUUACUUAUAAUAUGUUAUACUUGUUAACAAAGUAGAUUUGUUAAAAUAAAUAAUUCUCAUUUUACAACCAUUGUUGUCAAUUGAAAUUUCUUUGGCUAUUAAAUAUUAAUAGAUGUGUACAAUAUCAAAAUCAACACGCUGUAAACACAAGCAUAGAUCGUUGCUGAAAAUAUGUGAUGAGAAUUUCCCUAAGCAUAUUGACUAGAGUAAUGAUCUUAACCUUAUCAAUAUUACUAUAUAAUACAACAUUCAUUCAUUUUUUUUUGUGCCACAAACUGAUACAUUACACGAGGAUGUGACCAAUAACACUAUGUGAAGUUGGUUGCUUGAGGCUUGUGUUCAAUUUAUAGAUUAUUCUCAUCACAUUAGAAUUUCCAGAUUAAGAUGAAAUUUUCCUUCAAUUAUCAUUUUUUAUUAAAAUACUGAAUUUUUUAAAUUAUUUUGUAAGACUGAAACUAUGAUGAUUACUAUUUAAGAUAACAAGUAUAACUGACAAUUGUAAAUUGCAAUAUACAGUGGUUGUCACUUAUUGGACUUACUUUGAGACCAAACUAUUUGAGUCCAAUAACCGAAUAAGUUAAUAAGGCCCCUCAAAAAAUAAUAUAAAUAUGUGAAUAAAUUAAAUAUUUAUUGAGAUAUACUUUAAUAUGAAUAUACAUACUUAAUAGAAUUAAUAAAUUGUAUGUACAUAUUUGUUUAUUGUUCCUAAUUUAUUUUUGAUAGAAAAUUAUCCUGAAUUGAUUAGGUUUUCCAGUCUUCAGUAAUUUUUUUAAGUAAUUCUCGUACGUAGGUCUCAUGUUACUUAAAUACAUAAGAAGCGAUUCUUAAUAAUAAAAUAUUUAGGCAGCACAAAAUGAACACAACACCAUUGCAUAGGUACACUAACUUGGUUAACUGCUUGGUUAAUCAUGAAUAGAUAACUUAAUUUAUCUCCACAAUAACAAGAUACUAGUACAACUAACAUUUGUUAUAUUUUUGUUAUUUAUCUUAUUGUUAAAUUAUCCUAUUAACCGGUGUUGUGAAUCGAACAAAUGGUUUUUUUUUUUUAGGUAUAUUUGUUAAUCUGAACCAACCUAUUUGAGUUCAAUAAGCAAAUGAAUCAAUAAAUCAUCAGUCCAAUAUGUGGCAAACACUGUUUUAAAAUUUAAGUAGGGAGUGUGGCUACAACUUAGCAUGACCUACCACUGUAUCCAUUGUUAUCCAUUAUAUUAUGUUUCUCAACACAAAUGGUACAAAAUUUGUAUACUACAAAUAGAAUUGCUAAUACAUAAUAAUAUAACUUAUGUUUUUAUAUAUAUUUUAUUUUAAUCAGAUAAUUAUUCAGUAUUUAAUUUGUUAUUUUCAGAAAAACAUGACGUUAUACAAAUUGAAAUUAUUAAAUAAAAAUAAAAUUUACUAAUAUGCUUUUAGUAGCUUAAAAAUAAUAUAGUAAUUUAAUUUUCUUCUGGAAUUUCUUUAGUUUCUUCAACAGUUUCACUUUGUUUUAUAUUUUCUUCAACAGUUUCACUUUGUUUUAUAUUUUCUUCAACAGUUUCACUUUGUUUUAUAUUUUCUUCAACAGUUUCACUCUGUUUUUUAGUUUCUUCAACUGAUUCACUCUGUUCAUUAUCAUUUUCAUUGAUAUGAUCAUUUUCAUCAAGUUUUUUUAUUUUUGGAGAUGAACUACUUUCAUUCUUACCUUAACAAUAAAUUUAAAUUAAAUUCUUUAAGUUAUCUAUUCUUAAAACAUUAAAAAGAUUAAAAAGCAAUUUGUUUUCAAUUACUCCAGCCCUAGUUUAAAUAUUUAAAAUCCAAUAUAAAAUAAUAUUAUUAUAUCCAUUACUAUAAUAUAUUCAAUUCAUAGUUUAAACAGAUUUAUAUCUAGUAAACUUUUUAUUGAUUGAUUUGGUAUGGUUAGGGACCGGAAUUAUAUAAGUUGCUAAAUAUAUAAAUUUGCAGAAUAAAAUUACAGAAUAUGCGCAAAAACAUUAAAAAUAUUGCACUUUUGUAGACUAAAAAAAUAAAAUGUAUUUUUAUUAUUUAGUAGAUUUAUGAUCCAUUAACCGCACAAUUAUUUAUUUGCUAAUUAAAAACAGCUUAGCUGUUAACUGUGUUGCAAACGUAUCCAAAUAUGACUAUAAAUAAUUAGAUACUUGAAAAAAAUUUAACUUUAAUGGUAAAUUGUAAACAUAUUAUUUACAUUUUGAAAGAUAAAAUUUACCUAUAAGACAUUGAAUUGAUAAUAAAAUAUUAAUACUAAAUAAUUAUGUCAUUAAAAUGUAAAAAAAAAUGUCCAUGAAAUUGGCUUAAAUUGAUACACUAAAAUAGUGCAUAUUCAAUGAGAACAUGCAAAUGUAUAUAAUUCCGUUCUUUAGGUCCAGAAUAAUUAAUUCUUAAAUUCUACUGUAUUAUUAAAUUAAUUAUUCUUUUGAAAUAAUUAAAUGUAUUGUUAACAUAAAUUCUAUAACAAUUUUUUUUUUUUUAACAUUAGGCACAAAAUAAUUUAAUAAUAAUAACAAAUAUGUAAAUAGGUGUUUUGAUAGAAUAUUUGAAAUAUCAUUAUUUCACUGUUAUUUUAAAAGUUACCAUUUUCACCUUCUGCUGUUCUUUUUUCAGGUAGACCACAGACAGAGAGUAGAUUGAAUUUGAAAAAUCUACCAUAAUCUCUGACUACAGACAAACAGCAUAUUGAUUUCAAUACUUCAACAAUAAUAGUAAUUUUAGCUUGACCAGAUAAAUCCACUGUAUGUUGUCCCAAACUAAACACUUUACCAGCCAAUUCUUCAAUCAACUUAUCACGCGGCACUGAAUUGUUAUAUCUGUGACUAAAAUUUACAGCAUUAAAUAUAUAAUAAGAUUAAUACAGUGAUAAUUUUUUUUUUUACUUGAAUACAAUUGCAAAUGUUGUUGGUUCUGUACUAAAAUGUUUAGCAAAUAAAUCUGUGCACGCUGUUGAUAUGGAUGGUACGGUUGACUAUGAAUAUAAAAAAUAUUAAUGAUGUAAUAGUGUAAAAUAAUGUUAUGGUUGUUCAUUACUUUGCAAGUAACAUCAACUGGGAGCAUGCGUAAAAGAAAUUUUGUCUUCUGAACUUUGGUCUUUUCUAUAUCUUCAAGUAUUUUAUACAUAAGACUACACGGAUCUUCAAUCUAACAAUGAAUUAUCAAUAAAAUGAAAUUUUUAUAAAAUACAUUUUAAUAUUACCAGUAAGAAAUAAUAAUAUGAACAACUUACAGUAGUACUAAUAAAAACACAGUUUCUAACACCUGUAGCCAACGGAGAAAACUUUUUCCAAUCUGAAUUAUCUUUCUUAGACAAGCAUUGUAAUUCACUGUCUAAAGAAUCCAUAAUAUCUGUAGAUUUUUCCACAAUGUUGGUAUUACCUUCCAAUGGUUUCUA